GGGACAUAUGGGAAACAGCUGGAUUCUCUGAGUGCUGCAGCCUCUUGGGGGAAGGAUGCUCCCCGGGCUUGGCCACCUGGUCUUCUGCCUUGCAGGGCUGCUCCUGCCUCCCGGAUCAGCCUCUCCUUGCCUGGAGCAGUGCAGAUGUUACAUGAGCACCUUGCUGUGCCUGGAGCCCAACAGCAUCCAGAGCCUGUCACAGCUGCGGAGCUUGGAGAACUUCACCGAAGUAGUCAUUGAAAACCAGAUGAACCUCACCAGCUUGACACUGGAUGACAUCAAGAGGCCCCGAGAGCUGAAGAACCUGACCAUUUCCAAGACCCAGCUUCAGUUCAUUGCACCCGAUGCCUUCCGAACCAGCCCAAACCUGAUCUACCUGAACCUGGCCUCCAACCGGUUGCAGCGGCUGUCCUGGACCGCCUUCCGCCCCCUCCGUCUACAGGAGUUGGUGCUGGUGGGGAAUCCGCUGCAGUGCGGCUGCGGCCUCCGGUGGCUACAGGUGUGGCAGGCGACCCGGCAGGUGGAGCUGGGCAACCACUCCCUGACGUGCCUGGAGGGCGAGGCGGAGCUCCCCUUGGCCGGCAUGGCCUUCCAGGGCUGCGACUCCCCCCGGGUCUGGAUCGACCACACCAACGCCUCCUCCGUGCAAGAGGGCGAGAGCCUCAGCCUGACCUGCCACUUCAGCGGACAGCCCAGGCCGGAGGUCCAGUGGCUCCUGCCGGAAGGAGUUGGGCCCGCCCCACCCCUCGUCACUCAGAAGUCAGAGUCAGAACUGGUGCUGUGGAUCCAGAACGCCUCUUCCGAUCUCAACCUCAGAGACAUCAUAUGCCAAGCAGAGAAUGAAGCAGGAUUUGACCAGGACGUGGUGCAGCUGGAUGUGAGGUUUCCUGCUGUGAUCAAGUGUGUGGACAAAGCUGUGAACUACCAUCACUGGUGCAUCCCCUUCUCCGUGGACGGCAACCCUCCCCCCAGCAUCUCCUGGCAGUUUGACAGCCGCAACCUGAACGAGACGGACUACAUCCGCACCAUUCUGAUCCCAGACCCAUAUCGGAAUUCCACAACUCUGCACGGCUGUCUGAGCCUCAACAGGCCAACCCACAUCUGGAAUGGAAACUACACUCUGAUUGUGCGCAACCCACUGGGCACUGAUUCCCUGACCACCUACCAGCACUUCAUGGAUGUUCCAGAGAGCUUCAACCCAGAGGACCCCGUCAUGGGUGACAGGAACAGCACUCUGGGGGGCCCCGUGGAGACUCCGGAGGAACACACCUUUGGGAUCUCCGUUGCGGUGGUCUUGGCUGUCUGCGCCUGCAUCUUCCUCUCCAUCACGCUCAUCGUGCUCAACAAGUGCGGACAGCACUCCAAGUUCGGCAUGAACAGGUCGGCUGUGCUGGCACAAGAGGAUGAGCUGGCCAUGUCUCUGCAGUUCAUGAACUUGGGCAGCAGCCCCCUCACCUCGGCAGAGAGCAAACUGGAAGCCCUCAAGACCAACUUCAUAGAGAACCCCCAAUACUUCUGCAGUACGUGUGUUCGCCACAUCAAGCGCCGGGACAUCAUUCUGAAAUGGGAGCUGGGGGAGGGGGCCUUUGGCAAAGUCUUCCUUGCCGAGUGCCACAGCCUCAGUCCUGCACAAGAGAAGAUGCUCGUGGCCGUCAAGACCCUGAAAGAGGCGACGGAGAGUGCCCGGCUGGACUUCCAGAGGGAGGCAGAGCUGCUGACGGUGCUGCAACAUGAGCACAUCGUCAAGUUCUACGGGGUCUGCACCGAAGGGGAGCCGCUCAUCAUGGUCUUUGAGUACAUGAAGCACGGAGACCUCAACCGCUUCCUCAGGUCCCACGGGCCAGACGCCAAGAUCCUGGACCAGGGGAGCGGCCCGUCGUCCUCGUCUGUUGGGCAGCUGACCCUCAGCCAAAUGCUGCAGAUCGCCACCCAGAUCGCCUCGGGGAUGGUGUACCUGGCCUCCCUCCACUUUGUCCACCGGGACCUCGCCACACGCAACUGCCUGGUUGGCCACAGCCUGGUGGUGAAGAUCGGGGACUUCGGCAUGUCCCGCGAUAUCUACAGCACCGACUAUUACCGGGUGGGGGGCCGGACCAUGUUGCCCAUCCGCUGGAUGCCCCCGGAGAGCAUCCUCUCGAAGUUCACCACGGAGAGCGACAUCUGGAGCUUCGGGGUGGUGCUGUGGGAGAUCUUCACCUACGGGAAGCAGCCGUGGUACCAGCUCUCCAACACCGAG